AUGAGCCUAAGAAGAGCCAUCCAUCAGCAUAGAGGUCCAGUCCAGGCCUUAAUCACAGAGGGGAGGGGCAUCUUGGAGAACUACUGUGGCUUCAUCCGAGGGCUGAGAGAAGAAGAAAAAAGUCUGGACGAUCAGAAACAACAGACGGACAUUAAGAUUAUGGAGGCCUACCGACAAACAUGUAACCAAAUCCACCAGCAGCUGACCGAGGAAAGAGACCGUCUGCUGUCUGAAGUUGAGACAAACCACAGACAAAACAAGGGAGCCGUACAGAGCCAAAGAGAUGCAGUUUUGAAUGAUGUUGCUGAGAUGUCUUCAGCCUGUGAUGGAGCCGAGCAGGGUAUGGGUAGAGAAGACAAGGAGUUUCUAAGUCGUAAAGCCAAGCUAGACGAGGUUGUAGGGAAGUUCAGGGAAAGAAUAGUGCCAAUUCUUAUUCCAACCCACCCUGCCAUCUUCGAGCCUACAGAGAAAUUUACUUGUUCACUUGGAAAGGUGACUGUUCCAGGUGCAGCUUCAAGUGGUGCUGCUGCAAUGGCCAUGGGUCAUCACCAUGGUAACAAAAGCAGCACAUUGGCGCCCAAACAGAGGCUGACAUUUGGAGGAGAGGGCUCAGAUGAUGGUCAGUUCGACUUUCCUUUUGGAGUUACAGUGUCAGAAAAGGCUGAGAUCUUCGUGGCAGAUUCGGGAAAUGGAAGAAUUCAAGUCUUCACCCUGCAUGGAACAUUUGUCCGCAAGUUCCCAGCAGUUGUGCCAGGCGAACAGGAGCAGUGCCCAAUGGACGUAGCCCUGGACAGGGAGGGGAACCUGUGGGUAGUUAUUAGGACAGAGUCGGAGGAAUUUGCUGCGCAGUACACCACCCAGGGCAGGCUGCUGAAGAAGAUUCUUCUAAAGGAAACGAAGAACCUUAGACAAGUUGCUGUGGACACCAAGAGGAACCAAAUCCUCAUCACACAAACCUCAGGAGAUGGAGACAAUCUACAAAGUGAAGUUUUGGUGUUAAGGUCGGAUGGGACACUUGUGAGAACUGUGGGUCAGCAGCAGGGUAUGGAAGUUUGGUUUAUCACUGUGGAUGGGGAAGGACACAUUCAUGUGUCAGACCGUGAGCAUCACCUUGUCCAUACGUUCAGUGAGGACGGACAGUUUUUGUUCCAGUAUGGAGGUUUGGGGAGUGGUGAAGGUCAGCUAAAGGAGCCCGCUGGCAUCUGUACCGACAGGGCAGGUAACAUCAUUGUGGCAGACAGGGGAAACAGGCGAGUGGAGAUGUUUGACAAGACAGGCAGAUUCAUCAAGCACAUCACUACAGACAUGUCGUGUCUAUGUGCUGUUGCCAUGACACCACUGGGACAGAUAGUGGUCACUUGUGCUGAAGACAAUACAGUCACCAUUGUUAGCAUUUAG